AUGAGCCAAGACGGUUUUAUCCUCUACUGCGUGGUUGCAAAGGGCAAUAAGGUACUUGCAGAGUUUACGAAUCCCUUGGUGAAAUAUGGCAAUUUCCAAAGGGUAUCUCUGAAAAUAUUAGAAAAAAUUCCACCUCUGAAUUCAAAGAUGAUAUACUCCUACGACUCGUAUAAUUUCUCUUAUGAGGUUUCGAAUGAAGUGACUUUCAUGUGUAUGAGUGAUAGUUAUUUCAGUACAGCGCAAUGCUUUAAAUUUAUUCAGAAUAUAAAAGAAGAAUGGUUUAAGAUGUACGGUGACUCUGGGAAAACAGUCUCAAAUAAUUACGCAAUGAACAAGUCUUUCAAACCUUUUCUUAAAAACAAAAUGAACUAUUUCAAUCACGAUCCCGAGUCAAAUAAGAUUCGAAAAAUUAAAAAUCAAAUUCAAGACAUUCAAAAUGUAAUGAUUACCAACAUUGAUAAAGUCAUUCAGAGAGGAGAGCGAAUCGAUAUUCUCGUAGGUAAGACGGACGAAUUGGUGGUAAGAGCUGAAGAAUUUAAGAAGAAAACCAACGAUUUAAAAAGAGCAAUAAUCUCAAGCUGGCUCAAAGCAGCAGCUGUUUGUGGUUUUAUUAUCAUUGUGUUAGCGUUAAUUCUGUUUUUGUAUUUUUGCAAUGGCGUUGGUUGUUUGAGCGAAUAA